AAGUAUCAAACCAUUUUACAAAUUCCAUAUCUCUUACUGCAAAUUCUCCUCUCCCAAAAUCCAAUCAUCCAUGGAGCUCCAUCACUCCCACAGCAACAUCCUCUCAUCACUUUCCCUCACCUUCUUCCUCCACUUCUCAUCUCUCCUCUUUCCCUCAUCCUCCUACACUCUCCCCGACUACUACUUCAUCAACUGCGGCUCCCAUUCCUCCCUCCCCACCUUCCAACGCAACUUCACCGGCGACCAAAAUCCCUCCACCUUCUCCCUCUCCUCCACCGGCACCACCUCCUCCGCCGCAAACCAAACCCUCGAACUCUACCAAACCGCAAGAGUCUUCACAAAACCAUCCUCCUACCACCUCAAUUUAGACCAAACCGGCACCUACAUCCUACGCCUCCAUUUCUUCCCCUCCCCCUCCCUCGAAAACCCCCAAUUCCACGUCUCCGCCGCCGGCUUCUCCCUCCUAUCCAAUUUCACCGCCGGCCGCUACGGAUUCCCAAUCGUAGAAGAGUUCUUAAUCAAGGCAUCCGCAGGGAAGCUGAAGAUCAACUUCAAUCCUGCUCAAAAAGACCGAUCUUCCGCAUUCGUCAACGCAAUUGAAGUCUUCCUCGCGCCGCCGGAGCUAAUUCCAGACUACGCUUCCGUUCCCAUUCCUCGCGUGAGUAGUAACCAGGGAGAUAACGGAUAUUUUAACGGCGUUUUGGGCGAUUUCACGCUGCGGAUUCUUCACAGGAUUAACGUCGGUGGUGGGAACGUUACGCGGGAAAGUGACACGCUGAUGAGGUAUUGGGUUCCCGACGAUCCGUAUUUGCUCCCCGGAAACACUUCCAAGUCCCACACUUACACUGAUGAGAUUAAGUAUCAGGACGGUGGAGCUACGACAUUCAUUGCUCCUGAUUCUGUUUACAACACUGCUAGAGAGAUGAAUACUAAUAGCUCCGAUAAUAUCUCGUGGCGGUUUGAGGUUAAGAAGGGAGUUAGCCAUCUCUUGAGGUUGCAUUUCUGUGACAUUGUUAGUGAUACCUCGAAUGAGAACUUCAAAUUCAACCUGUUUGUCGAUGGUGAUGAGCCUAUUGUGGUGUUUCCUUGGGAUAAAAUUCCUCAGGGGGCAGCUCCCUUUUAUAUAGAUCGGUUGGUGGAAACGGAUGAUUCCGGUUUUGUGAAUGUAAGCGUUGGCCCCAACUCGGAAUCGAGUGUUCGAAAUGCGAUGUUGAAUGGUCUGGAGAUAAUGGAGCUUCUCACAGACAAGGCCUCUGAUUCUGGAGAUGGUUCUGGCAAAGGCUUGUUUCUGAUUCUUGGUUUGUGUAUUGGUGGAUUGGUUUUGGUUUUGGUAGUGUUUGGUGUAGUGUUUCUUCGAUUCAGGAAGAGGAAAGUGAAGCAGAAUGGGGUUUUGAAUUGGCCGUUGGGGAGUUCUUAUAGUAGGACUACUGCUCGGACAUCGGUGACCGGGACGCCCUUUGCUGACUUGAACCUCGGGCUGAAGAUCCCGCUGUCCGGGAUCCUCUUCGCGACGAAGCACUUUGACGCGAAGCUGAUGAUCGGGGAGGGGGGUUUCGGGAAGGUUUACAAGGGGACGCUGAGGAACGGAAACAAAGUGGCUAUAAAGAGGAGCGAGGCAGGGCACGGGCAGGGGUUCGAGGAGUUUCACACGGAGAUAAGGGUUUUGUCGAAGAUCCGACACCAGCAUCUCGUCUCGCUCAUUGGCUACUGCGACGAGAAGGACGAGAUGAUACUUGUGUAUGAGUUCAUGGAGAAUGGUACUUUGAGGGAGCAUUUGUAUGGGGAUGUGAACCGCAGCCUCUCGUGGGACGAGAGGCUGCGGAUAUGCUGUGAGGCAGCGAAGGGGAUUCAUUAUUUGCAUACUGGAUCAACCGGGACGAUCAUUCAUAGAGACAUCAAGUCGACGAACAUCUUGUUGGACGAGAGCUACGUGGCGAAGGUGGCUGAUUUUGGGCUGUCUCAUUCCGGGCCGCUUGAUCAGACUCAUGUGAGUACGGAGGUGAAGGGCAGCUUCGGGUACUUGGAUCCGGAGUACUUUAGGUGCCUGCAGCUGACGCAGAAGUCAGACGUGUACUCGUUCGGGGUGGUGCUCCUGGAGGUGCUAUGCGCGAGGCCAGCGGUUGAUCAGGAGCUGCCGAGGGAGGAGGUGAACUUAGCGGAUUGGGGAAUGGUGUGGCAGAGGAAGGGGGAGUUGGAGAAGGUUGUGGAUCCUUGUCUUGAGGGGAAGAUUAAUCCGAAUUCACUGAGGAAGUUUGGGGAGACUGUGGAGAAAUGUUUGCAAGAAAAUGGGGGGGAUAGGCCUAAUAUGGUGGAUGUGUUGUGGGAUUUGGAGUACUGCCGCCAGCUUCAGCACUCAGCCGUGCCGAGGCAGCCGUAUGAGGACACCACGACCGAGGUGUCGUGGGGCGUGCCCAUGCCGGUCCUUCAACGGCUGCCAACGGAUAGCUUCACGAUUGAGGAGGACGACUCGGUUAGUCGGUCGUUCAGCGGUGUGGUUUCGAGUCAGCCUAAUGGGAGUGAGGUGUUUUCGUUGCUGGAUAUGGAUGGUGCGAGGUGAGACUUAAGUUCAUCUUGGUGUGUUGUUUUUUGUUAAAUAUGUCUAGUGUUUGUUGCCUCAUAGUCAUGGUAUUGUAUGUGUGUCUUUCGAAUUGGGAUAAAAUGUAUUUUUGUGGAAUAUAUGGUCUCAUGAAUUAUAAUUUGGAAGACCCAACCAUUCCUACUAAUAACAAUGAAUUGGUUAAUUGUGUCUUCA